GUCCUCCACGCUGCGGGGCGCUAGAGUGGGGGAACAAACCGAAUGCGGCUAGAGAGGCAGGCUUUGGGGUUGCCAGGGAGCGGCUGGCGGCUGACUUCCGUUUCCGGACGCUGAGGCACGCGGAUUCGGUGUUGCAACCCAGCGGGAAAAUGCGGCCUUUGACUGAAGAAGAGACCCGCGUAAUGUUUGAGAAGAUAGCGAAAUACAUCGGGGAGAACCUUCAGCUGCUGGUCGACAGGCCCGACGGCACCUACUGCUUCAGGCUGCACAACGACCGGGUGUACUACGUGAGCGAGAAGAUCCUGAAGUUGGCCGCCAACAUCUCUGGGGACAAGCUGGUGUCUCUGGGGACCUGCUUCGGAAAAUUCACGAAGACUCACAAGUUCCGGUUGCACAUCACAGCUCUGGAUUACCUUGCACCCUAUGCCAAGUAUAAAGUCUGGAUAAAGCCUGGAGCAGAGCAGUCCUUCCUGUAUGGGAACCAUGUGUUGAAAUCUGGACUGGGUCGAAUCACUGAAAAUACCUGUCAGUACCAGGGAGUGGUGGUCUACUCCAUGGCAGACGUCCCUUUGGGUUUUGGGGUGGCAGCAAAGUCUACACAAGACUGCAGGAAAGUAGACCCCAUGGCGAUUGUGGUAUUUCAUCAAGCAGACAUUGGGGAAUAUGUGCGGCAUGAAGAGACAUUGACUUAAAACGAAAUCAUCGCAAGGACUUGUGGCUGUGUGGAAGGGCCUAGCUUUGUUUCCCGUGUCUGUGUAGGCUCCAUCAUCAUGUUGAAUUUUGUCAACACUGACUUCUUCAGGGACUUCUUAGUUUAAUAUUCUCUCUGUUGCGAUUGAAUGCAGGCUGGAUUCUUAAGUGAAGAUGGUUCAAAAAUGGCAUUUCAGAUCUUUGUGUUUGUGACUAAACAGAAUGCUGUGUUUUAUAUUUGAAUCAGAAGGCUUCUUGUCUUGAGUAACAGGUUCUAAGUCGUUGGAACUGAGGACAGGAAUAGCUAGCUUAUUGUUAUCUGUGAUAACGCCGUUUUCAAACUCACGAUAAGAACACAAAGGAUUUUUUCAUUGUUUAUAUGAUGAAAGUUAGAUAUUGCCAUAUGAGAAUGGUAGGCCAUGUGUUGGAUUUUAUGAAUGAAAUUUGGAUAAAAUAAUAAGAGCAAUUUGUCCUGCCAGUUUUCUAUAUAGUGGGUGUUGUGUGGUAUGGAAGAAAAUCUUGGAUCUAAACCCCAGUUCUGACACCUACCAGCUGUAUGGCCUUAGAAGUCAUCAAACUUUAAUAAGCUUAAUUUUCUUCUUCUUCAAAAAAACAGCUUUAACCUAAAGAUGGUUUUUCGGAUUAGAAAUCAACGUUUGUAAAGCACUUAAGCACAGUGCCUGGCAAAUGAUAGGUGUUAAAUAAAUGGUAAAAUUAUUUUUAUAUUGCAUAUGCUGGGUAUUUCUAUUACUAAGGAUAGGAUCUUAUGAAUACAGCUUGAUUAUA